CAUUUUGCACAGGAUUUUAAAAGGUUCUCUUAUAAGCACUAUUUUUAACAGCCAAAUCCACCCCCUAAAACAGAAAGGAAAAAGCCCUAGGUAUUUUUCUGUGAUCGAUCUCAGUUUAUGAUCAACUGAAGCAUCUCUCACAACAUUUACCUGUAGCCUGGUUUAUUUUACAUUUUUAUCAUUCAAGUUGACAUUUUUGGAGGUGGUGUGGAUUUUUUGGAUUUUUUUUUUUUUUUUCCCCACAUGAGAAAAUUUGAGAAUUUAAUUGCUGUAGAAUACUUGGAAACAGUGAGGCUGCAAGCUUGAAAGGCAGAGGGAAGAGAAGGAAGGCUCUCACAGCAGAGCAUGGAUAGGAAAGGAGCAGUGAUUCUGCGGUGCUCAGUGUGCACAUGUUUUAUGAGAUCAGUGCCGGGCGCUGCAGCUGCGGACAAUAACUGAGCUGUCUGGCUAAUGAAGGCCACCUGGAUCAGGCUUCUGAAAAGAGCCAAAGGAGGACGUCUGAAGAAUUCUGAUAUCUGUGGUUCGGCGGACUCCUACACCAGCCGUCCAUCUGAUUCAGAUGUAUCUCUGGAAGAAGACAGGGAAGCAGUGCGGAGAGAGGCAGAGCGACAGGCCCAGGCACAGCUGGAAAAAGCAAAGACAAAACCUGUUGCAUUUGCAGUUCGGACAAAUGUUGGGUACAGUGCAGCUCAUGAUGACGAUGUUCCAGUCCCAGGCAUGGCCAUCUCAUUUGAGGCUAAAGAUUUUCUUCAUGUUAAAGAAAAAUUUAAUAAUGACUGGUGGAUAGGACGGUUGGUAAAAGAAGGCUGUGAAAUAGGAUUCAUACCAAGCCCAGUCAAACUAGAAAACAUGAGGCUGCAGCAUGAACAAAAGGCAAAACAAGGAAAAUUCUACUCCAGUAAAUCAGGAGGGAACUCUUCAUCCAGUUUGGGUGACAUCGUUCCUAGUUCCAGAAAAUCGACGCCUCCAUCAUCUGCUAUAGACAUAGAUGCCACUGGCUUAGAUGCAGAAGAAAAUGAUAUUCCAGCAAACCAUCGCUCCCCCAAACCCAGUGCAAACAGUGUAACAUCACCCCACUCCAAAGAGAAAAGAAUGCCCUUCUUUAAGAAGACAGAGCACAUCCCUCCCUAUGAUGUAGUGCCUUCUAUGCGACCAGUAGUUUUAGUGGGGCCUUCUCUGAAGGGAUAUGAGGUAACAGAUAUGAUGCAAAAAGCAUUAUUUGAUUUUUUAAAACAUAGAUUCGAAGGGCGUAUAUCAAUUACACGAGUCACAGCAGACAUCUCGCUUGCUAAACGCUCAGUAUUAAACAAUCCCAGUAAGCAUGCGAUAAUAGAGCGAUCUAAUACAAGAUCAAGCUUAGCUGAAGUUCAAAGUGAAAUUGAACGGAUUUUUGAAUUAGCAAGGACACUGCAGUUGGUAGUGCUUGAUGCUGAUACCAUUAACCACCCAGCUCAACUAAGCAAAACCUCUCUGGCUCCCAUUAUAGUAUAUGUAAAGAUUUCUUCUCCUAAGGUUUUACAGAGGUUAAUAAAAUCUCGAGGGAAAUCUCAGGCCAAACACCUUAAUGUUCAGAUGGUGGCAGCUGAUAAACUGGCACAGUGUCCUCCUGAAAUGUUCGAUGUAAUUCUUGAUGAGAACCAGCUUGAAGAUGCUUGUGAGCACCUUGCUGACUAUCUGGAAGCCUACUGGAAGGCCACACAUCCACCUAGCAGCAAUCCUCCUAACCAGCUUCUCACUCGCACACUUGCAACAGCCACUCUUCCUAUUAGCCCAGGUCCAAAUAUUAAUUUACAGGGAUCUCAAGGAGACCAGAGGAAUGACCACCAUUCAGUCCCUGAACGCAGUGGUUCACAAAUUGAAGAGGAAGCACGGGUUGAACCCAUCAAGAAAUCCCAGCAUCGCUCUUCCUCAAGCCAACACCACAACCAUCGCAGUGGUAUUAGAGGCCUUUCUAGGCAAGAAACUUUUGACUCAGAAACACAAGACAGCAGAGAUUCGGCUUACGUAGAGCCAAAGGAGGACUACUCACAUGAGCACGGUGACCACUAUGAUUCUCACAGGGAUCACAAUCAUAGAGACGAGUCCCACGGGAGCAGUGAUCACAGACAUAGAGAAUCAAGGCACCGCUCAAAGGAGAGGGACCGCGAGCAGGACCACAAUGAAUGCAACAAACAGCGUAGUCGUCAUAAAUCAAGGGACCAAUAUUAUGACAAGGAUGGGGAAGUGAUAUCGAAAAAACGUAACGACACAGGAGAAUGGAACAGGGAUGUUUACAUCCGUCAGUAA